GAAGAUAACCCAAAUGAAAAACAAAGAAUCAUGAAAAUAACACAAGGCAACCCUAGCGGCUAAUCCUAGAAGGAUCUGAAAACCAGAGACGCUCCCAGUCAGUUACAAACCGAUCUGAAUAUCUGAGACUUCAGGUAGUUCCCUCUGAUAGACUCCAUUUCUGUCUCGCCCUUCUGCGCUCAAAACAGCAACCUCGACGUCCCUAUUCCGUCACCUGAGCAAGCAAAGCUACCUUCGCUGCUCAACUUCGCACCAUUCUAAGCUAACACAACCGGAGCCUGAGCGUACUUCUGUCGUAUCCAGGCUGAACCGAAGGCCUGUGACCUCUUAUUACGGGGUUUGUCCGGCGCGUGCCCUACUGUCCCAGUGAACGCGCCAUUUCUCUCCAGGUAGUUCUACUGACUGUUCAAGUACUAGGAUUAGUCUCUGAAUUUGUAAUUAUCAGAGUUUCAGACUUUCAGUUUUUAUUUUAUAUAUGGGCUAAGGUGUAUGUUUCAUGGGAGGUGUAGAGGAUGAAGAACCGCCCUCAAAACGUGUAAAAGUACAGUCUGGAGAGUUGGGAGAUCAUUUGAACGAAAUGUCUCUUAGAGAGCCUAAAAAUUGCUCUCAUGAACACCAAGGAGAGGAUGAGGUGGUUGGUUCUAAAGGAGUUGUCAAGAAAGUUGAAUUUGUAAGAAUCAUUGCGGAGGCAUUAUAUUCUCUUGGUUAUAAGAAGACUGCAGAGCAGCUAGAGGAAGAAUCAGGGAUACAAUUGCAAUCUGAAGUUGUAAAUUUGUUUAUACAGCAAAUCCUUGAUGGAAAAUGGGAUGAAAGUGUAGCUACAUUACCUAGAAUUGGUCUAAUGGAUGAAACCGUCAUAAAGUUUGUAUCAUUUUUAAUAUUUGAACAGAAACUUUUUGAGUUUCUGGAUGGAGAUAAUGUUAUGGGAGCUUUAAAAACUUUGAGGAUGGACAUAGCUCCUCUAUGCAUAAAAAGUGAUAGAGUCCGUGAGCUUUCCUCAUGCAUCACAUCUUCUUCACCAAAGAGUCUUGAUGGCGUGUCAAGUUCAUCUACUGUUAGAGUGAAGCCUCGAUCAAAGUUACUGGAAGAAUUGCAGAGAUUGUUUCCACCCGCAGUCAUGAUACCUGAAAAGAGAUUGGUGCAUCUUGUUGAACAGGCCCUUGAUUUGCAAGUUGAAGGUUGUAGGUUUCACAAUUCUAUGGUGGGUGAGAUGUCAUUGCUCACUGAUCACCAGUGUGGUAGAGAUCAAAUCCCUUCUCAAACUUUACAGAUCUUACAAGAACAUAGUGGUGAAGUCUGGUUCUUGCAGUUUUCCUAUGAUGGAAAGUACUUAGCGUCAUCAUCUGUGGAUUGCUCUGUUAUUAUUUGGGAGGUCAAACAAGAUUGUCAAGUCUCUUUAAAGCACCGACUUAAUGGUCACCAACAACCUGUAUGUUGUGUUUCAUGGAAUCCCAAUAACAGUCAGAUCCUGACCUGUGGGGUGGAGGAAGCUGUUCGCCGAUGGGAUGUGGCAUCUGGGGUAUGUGUCCAUGUUUAUGAGAAAGCUGGUCUCGGUUUGAUCUCCUGUGGAUGGGCUUCCGAUGGUAACAGUAUAUUCACUGGUGUUUCUGACAAAAGCAUUGCCAUGUGGGGUUUAGACGGUAAGGAGUUAGAGUGUUGGAAAGGGCAAAGGACUAUUAGGAUAUCAGAUAUUGGGGUCACUUCUGACGGGAAACAGAUUGUUUCUGUUUGUAAAGAGAAUGAGAUAGUUAUGUUUGGGUGGGAGUCGAAAGAUGAGAGAUUUCUUGUGGAAGAUCAAUUCAUAACAUCCUUCGUAUUGUCAAGAGACAACAAGAAUAUUCUGGUUAGUCUAUUCAACCAAGAGAUUCAUCUUUGGGAUAUAGAUGGGAAUAUGAAGUGUGUAGCCAAAUAUAAGGGUCACAAGCGCACCCGUUUUGUUGUGAGGUCUUGUUUUGGUGGGCUCAAUCAAGCAUUCAUUGCUAGUGGAAGUGAGGAUUCACAGGUUUAUAUAUGGCAUAGAGGGUCUGGAGAGCUCGUCGGGACACUGGGAGGACAUUCUGGGACAGUGAAUUGCGUGAGCUGGAAUCCAGUGAACCCUCAUAUGCUGGCAUCUGCAAGUGAUGACCAUACCAUUCGCGUGUGGGGGUUGAAUCAGGUAAACAUGAUGAAGCGUGGUAGCAAUAACAACAACGAAGAUUCUAAUGAUAGUAAUAAUGCUAAUAAUGGCAGCAUUAGCAAUGGGAUCCAAUAUUGCAAUGGUGAAACCUCUACCCAUUGAUAUCAGAUGCUUAUGUUUUGCUGUUAUUCAUACCAAAAGGUUUCUUUUAUAAACCCAUUUGUGUUUAUGUAUAUUCUUGUCAUGCUGACAUCUUAUGUCAAACGAGACUGAAGAAUGUGAAAAUCUCCUUUCAUUUUCAGUAAGAAUAAACCUGUACAAUUAUUGUUUUUCAGUUUAUUCAUUGCGUUGUUGAAUUUGUACAUCAAUUUCCUGUU